UCAGGUGAUCUGCCCGCCUUGGCCUCCCAAAGUGCUGGGAUUACAGAUGUGAGUCCCUGCGCCCAGCCUGAAUUUGAACUUCUAAAGAGCUAUGAUUUGGCACAAGAUAGGUGGAGGUUAGACCAAAGGGAGCAUUUUCUAGUGGUCCAAGUAGGUAGGUACUGGAAUAGAAAAAAGGAGGCCAGAACAGUUUAGAGAUCUGAGUUUGAGACCAGAGGCAGCUCAGCUUCCUGAAUAAGCCUAGGUAGAGGAGCAGCUGGCCUGCGUGAGGAGGAGAGGAGAAGAGGCCGUGGGCAGGAGAGAACAGUGGCGGAGAAGCAAGACUGAGAAAGGGAAGGCAGAGGGGGAGGAGCCCAGGAAGGAGACCCUGAGAGGAGAAGGGAGGAGGAGGAGGGGGAGGAGAAGGAGGAGGAGGAGGAGGAGGAGAACAACAACGGAUGAUUGGGGGUGGGGAGGAUGCAUGAGGGGAGAAGGAAGAAGAGAUUGACCCAAAGACCUCUGGGCUCUGCACAUCAUCAGGCAAACCUGGAGCUUGGGAGGAAAGGCAGGAAAGAGAAGGAUCUUGGGCCACCAGGAAGCUCUGAGAUCCGAGGCACUGCAGCCCCAUGCCCUCUGUCCCUGCACUGUUGACUCAGCCCCUCCACACUUCCCCUUUCUACCCUUUUCUGCCCUGACCACCAGGCCUGUGAGUCUCUACCUCCUCCACCUCUCAGCUGCUCGAAUGGCCUGGGCUGAGUCAGUACUGGCCUUCUAGAGUCUGGGCUGAGUGCUCCCCACUGAACUGUAAUUCUUUGUCCCCAGCCCAGAGCCUCCAUCUUGGGACUUCUACCCUCAGCCAUCUGGAUCCUGCUCUGAUUUCUGAGAGCCUGGCAAACCUUGGAGGGAGUGGUCUUGUCAAUUUCUACUCCUGCUCCAAGAGCCGAGGGAAAAUCUAGAGAUCAGAGGUCACAACUGAGGAAGGUCCUAGAAUAGUGGGAAGAGUGAUAUCCCCCGCUUCUCACCUUCUCAGGCUUUUUGGGAAGCACAGGGACUUGAGGAGGGACAGAUUGGAGGUCAGGGAGAAUGACUCGACUUGCAGAGGCAGGGAUACUGGGGGAAAUGGGAGACAGCAGAGACGGGAAAGGCCGGCUCGGAGGCUCCGAGGAAGGUGUGCGCCAUUUGUGGAGACCAGCGCUGAAGGAUGGAGGGCCCGGGAAAAGGAGAAGAUGAAGGAAGCCAAGGAUGCCCGCUAUACCAACGGGCACCUCUUCACCACCAUCUCAGUUUCAGGCAUGACCAUGUGCUAUGCCUGUAACAAGAGCAUCACAGCCAAGGAAGCUCUCAUCUGCCCAACCUGCAAUGUGACUAUCCACAACCGCUGUAAAGACACCCUCGCCAACUGUACCAAGGUCAAGCAGAAGCAACAGAAAGCGGCCCUGCUGAAAAACAACACUGCCUUGCAGUCCGUGUCUCUUCGAAGUAAGACAACCAUCCGGGAACGGCCGAGCUCAGCCAUCUACCCCUCCGACAGCUUCCGGCAGUCCCUCCUCGGCUCCCGCCGUGGCCGCUCCUCCUUGUCUUUAGCCAAGAGUGUUUCCACCACCAAUAUUGCUGGACAUUUCAAUGAUGAGUCUCCCCUGGGGCUGCGCCGGAUCCUCUCACAGUCCACAGACUCCCUCAACAUGCGGAACCGAACCCUAUCAGUGGAAUCUCUCAUUGACGAAGGUGCAGAGGUAAUCUACAACGAGCUGAUGAGUGACUUUGAGAUGGAUGAGAAGGACUUUGCAGCUGACUCCUGGAGCCUGGCUGUGGACAGCAGCUUCCUGCAGCAGCAUAAGAAGGAGGUGAUGAAGCAGCAGGAUGUCAUCUAUGAGCUAAUCCAGACAGAGCUGCACCAUGUGAGAACACUGAAGAUCAUGACCCGCCUCUUCCGCACGGGGAUGCUAGAAGAGCUACAGCUGGAGCCCGGCGUGGUCCAUGGCCUGUUCCCCUGUGUGGACGAGCUCAGUGACAUCCACACACGCUUCCUCAGCCAGCUGUUAGAACGCCGACGCCAGGCCCUGUGCCCUGGCAGCACCCGGAACUUUGUCAUCCACCGCUUGGGUGAUCUGCUCAUCAGCCAGUUCUCAGGUCCUAGCGCGGAGCAGAUGCGGAAGACCUACUCUGAGUUCUGCAGCCGCCACACCAAGGCCUUAAAGCUCUAUAAGGAGCUGUAUGCCCGAGACAAACGCUUCCAGCAAUUCAUCCGGAAAGUGACCCGCUCCGCCGUGCUCAAGCGGCACGGGGUACAGGAGUGCAUCCUGCUGGUGACUCAGCGCAUCACCAAGUACCCGGUGCUGCUCAGCCGCAUCCUGCAGCAUUCCCACGGGAUCGAGGAGGAGCGUCAGGACCUGACCACGGCACUGGGGCUAGUGAAGGAGCUGCUGUCCAAUGUGGACCAGGAUGUUCAUGAGCUGGAGAAAGGGGCCCGUCUACAGGAGAUCUACAACCGCAUGGACCCUCGGGCCCAGACCCCAGUGCCUGGCAAGGGCCCCUUUGGCCGAGAGGAACUUCUGCGGCGCAAACUCAUCCACGAUGGCUGCCUGCUUUGGAAGACAGCAACGGGGCGCUUCAAAGAUGUGCUAAUGCUGCUGAUGACAGAUGUGCUGGUAUUUCUCCAGGAAAAGGACCAGAAGUACAUCUUUCCUACCCUGGACAAGCCCUCAGUGGUAUCACUGCAGAAUCUAAUCGUACGGGACAUUGCCAACCAGGAGAAAGGGAUGUUUCUGAUCAGCGCAGCCCCACCUGAGAUGUACGAGGUGCACACAGCAUCCCGGGAUGACCGGAGCACCUGGAUCCGAGUCAUUCAGCAGACCGUGCGCAUAUGCCCAUCCAGGGAGGACUUCCCCCUGAUUGAGACAGAGGAUGAGGCUUACCUGCGGCGAAUUAAGAUGGAGCUGCAGCAGAAGGACCGGGCACUGGUGGAGCUGCUUCGAGAGAAGGUUGGGCUGUUUGCUGAGAUGACCCAUUUCCAGGCCGAGGAGGAUGGUGGCAGUGGGAUGCCCCUGCCCACCCUGCCCAGGGGCCUUUUCCGCUCCGAGUCCCUUGAGUCCCCUCGUGGCGAGCGGCUGCUGCAGGAUGCCAUCCGAGAGGUGGAGGGUCUGAAAGACCUGCUGGUGGGGCCGGGAGUGGAACUGCUCUUGACACCCCGAGAACCAGUCCUGCCUUUGGAACCAGACAGCGGUGGUAACACGAGUCCUGGGGUCACUGCCAAUGGUGAGGCCAGAACCUUCAAUGGCUCCAUUGAACUCUGCAGAGCCGACUCAGACUCUAGCCAGAAGGAUCGAAAUGGAAAUCAGCUGAGAUCACCCCAAGAGGAGGCGUUACAGCGAUUGGUCAAUCUCUAUGGACUUCUACAUGGCCUACAGGCAGCUGUGGCCCAGCAGGACACUUUGAUGGAAGCCCGGUUCCCUGAGGGCCCAGAGCGGCGAGAGAAGCUGUGCCGAGCCAACUCUCGGGAUGGGGAGGCUGGCAGGGCUGGGGCUGCCCCUGUGGCCCCUGAAAAGCAGGCCACGGAACUGGCAUUACUGCAGCGGCAACAUGCGCUGCUGCAGGAGGAGCUGCGGCGCUGCCGGCGGCUAGGCGAAGAACGGGCGACCGAAGCUGGCAGCCUGGAGGCCCGGCUCCGGGAGAGUGAGCAGGCAAGGGCACUGCUGGAGCGGGAGGCCGAAGAGGCUCGAAGGCAGCUGGCCGCCCUGGGCCAGACGGAGCCACUCCCAGCCGAGGCCCCCUGGGCCCGCAGACCUGUGGAUCCUCGGCGGCGCAGCCUCCCUGCAGGCGAUGCCCUGUACUUGAGUUUCAACCCCCCACAGCCCAGCCGAGGCACCGACCGCCUGGAUCUGCCCGUCACUACUCGCUCUGUCCAUCGACACUUUGAGGACCGAGAGAGGCAGGAAUUGGGGAGCCCCGAAGAGCGUCUGCAAGACAGCAGUGACCCUGACACCGGCAGCGAGGAGGAAGGUAGCAGCCGUCUGUCUCCGCCCCACAGUCCACGAGGUGAGACCUUGGCGGAGACAUGGACCAGAGAGUUUACCAGAAUGCAGGACAUCCCGGAGGAGACGGAGAGCCGCGACGGGGAGGUGGUAGCCUCCGAGAGCUAAGGGGGCCCCUCCCCCUGCCCUGUGCCCCACUGAAGAACAUUACUGAGGGGGGCUAACCUUGGGGACUCCAAUUUGCCAAUGAUGAGGGAACAUUUGAAGGAACUGCUAAUUGUCCUUGCCAGCUCUUGGGAUCCUUGGAUACCUGGGGCCAUUUAAGAAGCUGGGGGAAUUAGGCCACAACACCCCCGAGGCAUCCGAAAGCUACACCGCAGAUGCCAAUGGUUCAUGCCUUCUUCCCUCCACUUUAGGAAAAUUUAUUUAUUUAUUGUUUAUUAGUUAUGGGGGGAGAGGCGAGAUUUAAAGUACCAGGGACAUGGGAACCAAGCCAUAGGGAUCAGAGGGCGUUGUCCUUGAACACUACUGGGGUUUAUUCCGGCUCAUCCACGCAGCUGCUGGGUUCUUGCCCUAACGCCCCUCCCCGGCAACACCUGUCUUAGAGGAGAGGCUGCAGCCACAGAACCCUACUGCCCUUUAAUUAAAGGAGGGCUGUGGGCAGAGCCAUGUCCCUUUCUCCUCCCCCCUCAACCUUGUACUGCUGUUCUCCCUCUCUCCGUCCUUUAUGGAAGUCCCGGGAGAUAACCUGGCUUCCUGGAGUUGAUGGAAUAGAGGUUGGGGUGGCCAUAAUGGUUUGUUGGGGGCGAGGGAAAUACCCACAGGGCCCAGAAUGUUCUGAUGUUGUUUUGUUUUCUUUUUUGUACCAAAGUCAACUGCACGUGUUUUACAUUUUUAAGAGAUCGUAGGCAAUUAGAGAUCGAAGCCUCCUAUCUCCACAUCUCUGAAGAAGUUGAGGGGUGGGGGAGACAGUGACCUCUGCCUUCAUCUGCAGUAACGGGGGGACCUAUACUGACCUCUUCCCCAGCCAUUUGGAAACAAGUUCUAGGGUGGGUUGGGACAUUUCCAGGAGCCCUGACCUCAUCUUCCACCUCAGCCACCAUGACCUGAAACCUCAGCGUGAAUUUGGGGGAUUUUUCAGUGGAACCCCUGCCCCCAAAUGCCGACCAGCCCCAGUGUUUUCUUUUUUCUGCCAAUUUGGUUGUUUAAAAAAAAGAAUCAGGGAAAAUUAAAAACCUGGAACUUCA